GCUAAUUUUGAAGUGUUCCCUCAUGAACGAUCAACACUAGUAGCGGUUACACGCCUAAACAUCAGAUGGCGCAAGUGAGUAACGACUGACAGCCGUAAAAACGGACGAAAGACGGAUUUCAGGACCAUGCUGAAGUCUGUUUCGCUUACAAACAGUCUAUAUCCGAUUUUCCUUGAAGUUAUAUAAUUUGUCUGUGUUAUGAAAGCACAUUGUUUUCAAGCGUUACAGAAUAAGCAGCUGUUAACCCGGUGGAUUUACAAAUAGCUCAAGAUGGCUUUAGUGCCCUAUGAUGAGAAUCUACUUCCUGCGCUGUCAAAACUUCACCAGGCUUCAGCUGAAUUUACUUUGGCCAAUCACAAAAUCAGACUCAGCCAGGACUGGAACCGAUUGGGUGUCGCUGCUGUGGUCUGGGAUGCAGCGGUAGUGCUCUGCAUGUUUCUGGAAAUGGGAAAGGUGGAUCUAAAAGGAAAGAGAGUUAUUGAGCUUGGAGCCGGCACAGGUUUGGUGGGCAUUGUUGCCGCUCUUCUUGGAGCCAAUGUGACGAUUACAGACCGACAACCUGCCUUGGAAUUUCUGACUGCCAACGUGCGUGAAAACGUUCCUCCCGGCCAGCAGGAGGCGGUGCGGGUAUCCGAACUUACCUGGGGUGAGAAUCUACAUUUGUAUCCCUCAGGCAGCUUCGAUUUGGUCCUAGGAGCUGACAUUGUGUACCUGGAGGAGACGUUUCCUGCCCUCCUGCAGACUCUUGAACACCUGAGCUCGGAGAACACGGUGGUGUUGUUGUCCUGUCGGAUUCGUUACGAGCGAGACGAGAGGUUUCUGAUGGAGCUGCGGCAGAGGUUCUCUGUGGAAGAGGUCUAUUAUGACUCUGAACGGGACAUUCACAUUUACAGAGCCGUGAAGAACAGGACCAACACAGAGCUAGGAAGUCCGCUUUGUGGCAGAUGAGACAGUUCCACCUGAGAGCGGUCAAUAAAGACGACACUGAGAUAUUUGUUGAGCUUUUAACAGGCUUUUAAACCCUUGUUGUCUGCUGUUAAAUGAUUUCUGAAGAUCCGCUGAUAUGGAAAAAAACAUCCUUUGAAGUUUCCGUCAACCCAAUAUUUUGUAAAAUGUCAUAAUUCGCUUUUGUUCGA